AUGGAAGACAUACACAAAAGCGUCUCAGAAGCGAAAGCGAAGUAUGAUGAUCAUCACAAGAACGCAAAAGUGCGGAAGCAACUCGUCAGAUUUUCUACCCGUGUGAAACACUACGGAAACAUAAUGGAUGUAAUGGUCUCUCAUCAUCCAGAAUACGUCGCCCUUGCGUGGGGGGCGAUGAAAUUCUGCUUCACUGCCAUAAUAAACCACGAACAGCUGCUUGCAGCGUACACUAAAACACUCACCCAAAUUGCCAAUACCCUGCCCCGCGUGGAACUAGUUGCAGUUCUGUAUCCAACGAAACGCAUGAAAGAGACCGUCGCGGAGCUUUACGCCAAUAUCAUAAGAUUCUUCGUCCGUGCUCGAGACUGGUGCAUGGAAGGAACUCUUUCGCACAUGAUACAUUCUCUUACUAGGCCGGCUGAAAUACGCUGUAAGGAUUUGAUGGAAGAUAUUCAACAGUGCUCUAUUGAUGUUGACAAAUUGGCUUGGGCGUGUUCCCAAGCCGAACAACGAGACAUGCAUUCCGUAGUCAAGACGCUAAGCGGCGGCCAGACUAGAGUCGAAGGAAUUAUUCUUGAGAUGAAGCGGAUGAUGAUCUCAUAUGAUGCUGUGAACGCAGCUGCAGCCUUGAACACGAACCAGCGCUUGUUUGACGUGCAGUUAUCAAACAUUCUUAGCAUUUCCGCUCAAACAAAUUUCCCCGAACCACUAGUAACGCUUGAAAAGAACAGGGUCUUUCGUAACAAACGCAGCCUGAAGCAUGGUUCGCCUAGCAAAGGAUUUUCGAUGGAUCCUAAGCUCGAGAAUUGGGAAAGAAAUACCGCCUCGUCGCUUGUAGCUGUGAAAGGGUCCUACCGGCUGCGCUUCGAAGUCAAGGACUUUUGCGUCAAUAUCGUCGAAUAUCUUCGAACUGCUGCAGUUCCCGUAGUAUGGGCACUCCCAACACCAAGCGAGAACGAGUACUCGCUGGUGUAUUCUACGAUGGAUCUCCUGAAGCACCUCACAUGGCAGAUACUAAGGAUCAACAAGGUGCUUCAUGCUGAAGCACCCAUGGCUAUCACAUGUGCUAGGUUCCAGACUGCGAUGGAUGAAGACCAAUGGUUUGAUCUUCUGGCGUCUGUCGUAGCGGGCAUGAACAAAAUCUAUAUCGUCAUCGAUGUUGAACUUCUCAGUAGUAUAUCUGCUGGAAGCAAAACUUUGCCAGAAGCAUUCUUAUACCUAUUUUCUCGGUUGGCGGCUCGAGGGAGCAAGACUGUGAUGAAAGUAGUGCUUGUGAGCUAUACUCCAAAGGUGUUCUCGGAAAAUGUGUCGAGCAGGAUUCGUGAUGUCGUGGUCGACGUAGGAUCAAAGGCUGGAAGUGCCUGGAAGAGACAGAAGAGAACUGAGUCGAGGCGAGUUUCCCUCAGAGCAGGUGGGAACGCCAGGAGGAAUGUGUUUGGCUGA